AUGAAUAUUCAAGAAAGAUUGAAAGCAUUUGCAUCCACAGUGUUACCAGCCAGCAUCCUGUUGGUUGUUGGUAUCAUUGGAAAUGUAUUCUGGCUGCUCCUACUUCCAUUGUUCUACAUUGUUGGCCAAGUCAAAGGAAAGACAUUUGCUCCACCAAAGACUAUUAUUAUUACUGGCGCAGGAAGUGGAAUUGGUAGACAGUUUGCAGUGGCAUAUGCUGAGACUGGAAAGACUUUGGGACUGAUGGAUGUGAAUGAAGCUAAUCUGGAGGAGACUGCCAAACUGUGUACAUCAAAGGGUGCCAAGGUUGAGAAGGCUGUAAUUGACGUGACCAAUGAGACUGCCAUGGAUACAUGGAUGAAGAAGAUUGACCAGAAAACACCUGUCGACUUGGUGAUUGCCAAUGCCGGUGUGGCCGAGUUCAACACAUCACGUGAUCUAACCUUUGACCAAAUGACCAGGAAAGUACUUGACAUCAACAUCAAUGGAGUGGUCAACACAGUGAUCCCACUUCUCGAGUCCAUGAGAGAGCGUCGCAAUGGUCAAAUUGUAUUCCUUGGAAGUCUUAGCCACUACAUACCCUACUUCUGUCCAUCUUAUGUUGGAUCAAAGGGAUUCUCGUUCAACUAUGCCGCAGCUCUGAGACAAGAUGUGCGUAAAUAUGGUAUUGGAGUCACUUAUCUCUGUCCUGGCUUCAUCGAUACACGUCUGACACGUGCCGAUCCCAAACUAUAUACACCUGGCAUGAAGAAAGUAGAGGAGAGCGUAGCCAUAUUCAAACAGGGCAUCAGCGAGAACCGAUCAUUCGUCACGGACAACAGUCUAACGAUGAACAUUACCUACUUCCUAAGUUGUCUACCAAUGACCCUUCGUGAUGGCUUUGACAUCAUCUCGCGUCCAGUACUAAAGACAGGUGUAGAGGAUAGCUAUGAGUUCUGUUCAUCACACAAGAAGUCCAAGUAA